UGGAAGGCAAUUUCCGCAGGGUUAGAAGAGAGGGCAGCGAAGCCAGCCAGCCUAGCCACCUACUAUCAGGCUGUACCAUUCUCCACCUCUGUCCCAGCCACUCCCUUAACUUGAUAUCUGUUUACUCUAGAGGGAGCGGGUUUUGAGAAGCCUUCAUAAAUAUCCUGGCCCAAUGCCUUAGCAGCCAUAAGAAGGAAAAAGAACGUACUAGCCUGAAGAUAACGCUUGGGAUAUUUAAAGCUGCAGGCACGCGGAUCUCUGCAGGACAGAGCCUCAGAGCCUACGCAGGACAGCCUUGUAAGGACUAGUUCGACCUACUGUAACUGGGUGGCUGCCCCUUCUCCGAAAUGGCAGGUGUGAGCAGCUGUUUAAAGUAUUCCAUGUUUUUCUUCAACUUCUUGUUCUGGCUAUGUGGUACACUGAUCCUAGCACUGGCCAUAUGGGUGAGAGUGAGCAAAGACGGCAAAGAGAUCGUCAUGUCUGGAGACUCAAGCACGAACCCCUUCAUUGCUGUGAAUAUCUUGAUUGCGGUUGGGGCCAUCAUCAUGGUGCUGGGUUUCCUGGGAUGCUGUGGGGCUGUGAAGGAAAGCCGUUGCAUGCUUCUCUUGUUUUUUAUCGGCUUGCUCCUGAUUCUGAUUCUGCAAGUGGCGGCAGGUAUCCUAGGAGCUGCUUUCAAAUCUGAGUCUAACCGCAUUCUGAAUGAAACGCUAUCUGAAAAUGCCAAGCUAUUGGCGGACACAACCAAUGAGGCAAAAGAAUUACAGAAGGCCAUGAUUGCGUUUCAGAAAGAGUUCAAGUGCUGUGGCUUGAAGGAUGGAGCUUCUGACUGGGGAAAUAAUUUUCCAAAUGCAGAAGAGUCAUGCCAAUGUGCGGGAUCUGAUUGCGAGAGUUAUAACGGAUUUAGCGUUUAUCGAACGACCUGUCUUUCUUCAAUCAAAGAUCUGAUUGAAAAGAACAUUAUUAUUGUCAUCGGAGUUGCUUUUGGACUGGCAGUUGUUGAGAUUCUUGGCUUGGUGUUUUCCAUGGUGCUGUACUGCCAGAUUGGAAGCAAGUGAAUCUUCAGACAUACCUAGUCAUUGCAAAUGCCAUUUGAGUUUUUGUUUCGGCUUUGUAACUUUAAAUACUGUAAAUAUCAGGAGCAAAUGUCUCAUUAAAAUGUCUUAGGCAGACGACAGGCAUCUUCACAUGUAUUCAGCAUGUUUAACUGUGAAGGACAUGAUAAAAAUGGUUUUGUGUAUUUUUUCUCACAAUAAAAAGUGUGUUGAUGCUUU